GUGUGGCAACACUGGCGAUCGAUGUGGAGACGGGCCGCGCGUAUCGGGGCAGUGAGCUGGGCUUUGCGGCGAGGCCUGUUCACCAUGCAGCUGAAGACGGUGGAGUUUGAGUCGUUGUUUACCGAUGGCCUGAAGUGUGUGGCAGAAUUGUUCGGUAAAAACAACCACGAGUUGAGAAUAGCUGGCGGCGCCGUGAGGGAUUUGUUAAGCGGGAAGCAGCCCGAAGACGUGGACUUCGCCACCACGGCUACCCCUGAACACAUGAAGGAUUUGUUUCAAGCUGCUGGCAUUCGGAUGAUCAACAACAAAGGGGAGAAGCAUGGCACCAUUACUGCAAGAGUACAUAAUCAGAACUUUGAGAUUACUACAUUGCGAGUUGAUGUUGCAACAGAUGGAAGGCAUGCUGAAGUAGAGUUUACAACAGAUUGGCAGACAGAUGCGGAACGAAGAGACCUUACAAUCAACUCCAUGUUUUUAGGCCUUGAUGGUACUUUGUAUGAUUAUUUCAAUGGUUAUGAGGAUCUGAAGAACAAGAAAGUUCGAUUUGUUGGUGAUCCAGCACAAAGGAUACAAGAAGACUAUUUGAGAAUAAUGCGAUAUUUUAGGUUUUAUGGCAAGAUUGCUAAAGAAUUGGGAGACCAUGAUCCCAAGACACUAAAGUCGAUCAAACAACAUGCAAAGGGCAUGGCUGGAAUUUCUGGUGAAAGAAUCUGGUUUGAGCUGAAGAAAACUUUAGUUGGAAAUCAUGUUGCUCACCUUGUCAGUCUAAUGUAUGAACUGGAUGUAGCUCAGUAUAUUGGAUUGCCAGUUAUUGAUGGCAACCUGGAGGAACUAAACAGGGUGUGCAAAAAUGUGCAGCAUCAUUGUCCAAAACCCAUGACUGUUCUCUCAGCAUUGUUUCGAACACAAGAUGAUGUUCUAAGACUUGACUUAAGGCUAAAGAUUUCAAAAGAAGAAAAGCAACUUGGCUUAUUCCUAGUUAAGCAUCGAAGAGAUUUGAUAAAAUCUGAUGGUUCUGAUCCACUAAAACCUUACAGAGAUUUCAUAAUUGAUUCCAGAGAACCAGAUAUGCAGAACAAAGUGUGUGAGUUGCUGAAGUACCAAGGAGAAGAGAAGUUACUGAAGGAAAUGGAGCAGUGGUCCAUACCGCGCUUUCCUGUCAGCGGCCAUGAUCUACGGAGAAUAGGAAUAGUUUCUGGAAAGGAAAUUGGGACAAUGUUGCAAGAACUUAGGGAUACGUGGAAACAAAGUGGUUACCUGAUGGAUAAGGAAGAACUAUUGAGUUUAGUAAAAAGUCCUUAAAUACUUCUGACUGGUCUCAGCGAUUCAGGCAUUGAAAUCAUUCAUUGUUUACUCUGUGUGUUAGAACUCUUGCCAUCACUGUUGGUUUCUAAAUUAUGUGUACAAUAUAUAUGCUUCAUUCUUUGUAAAUUCAACUGUUUUGCUUCCUCGUGUCACUAGGAUCAUUAGUUUGACUGCAUGUUCACUGGUUCUAUUAAAUAAUUGAAUUCUACUCAGUUGGAUCAUAUGUGCAGAUGACUGGUUAAUUCUGUUCAUGUUUGAAGUUUGAACAGCUUGUAUUAUUAAAAGUAUUGCUGUUGUGUUAGAUAGAGCAUAUACCAUCAAGGACUAGAUCUUAACCUGCUUAUAUAAAUUGAGUUUGUUUACUCACUAAUGCUCUAAUUUGAAUAGAAUCUAGUAUGCAAGAUAUUUUAAAAAUUAAAAAAAACUCCCCACAUGAAAAAACUUAUCUUGUUUUCCCUUGAUCUUUACCUCUAGUCACAGAAACAAAGAAAAUAAUUUAUCCAUGCAAGAGUGAGAUUGUGACAUUGAUGUGAACAGAUAAGCUAUGGUUGUGAAAAGAAUACUUUAAUUUAGUCUUUUUUUUUCUAGAACUUGUUUAAGUGGAUUUAAGCAUUGUAGGGGGAAAAAAACUGGAGGCUAUUUUUUUCAAACACUUGGCAAUUUGAAAAGAUGUAUCUCCUUCUAACACUAUCUCAGCAGCCCAUUCAAGGCAUCUAUCAUUCUGUUCAAACAAAAAAACCCCAGGCCCGAAUACUCCAGGUAAAACAACCCAGGUUUGUCCAAAGGGAUUCACCUUUGUUUGGGUUACCUGGAGAAAUCGGAGGUAGCAAAACAUUGCAUACCCAAUGGCCAUAGGAUUGACUGGCACAAAACUACUGUGCUGCGCCAGUAGCUUUUGGGACCAUCUGGUAAAGGAAGCCGUGGAAAUAAAACUAGAGAAUAAGAAUUUUAACAAAGAUGAAGUCUUGCUCUUAAGAAAGAACUGGAAUUCGAUUGUAAACAAAAUGGGACAGCAGAAACCUGACUGGUUAGUACUCAACCAAUCGGGAGGGACGGAUCUAUAAGGAUCUAUAUACUACCAAACUAGAAGUGCCUAAGCAUCAUCCCUAAAGGAGAUGCUUAAGUUUUUCAUUGAAAUAUAGGUUAAAAUCAAUACCUGUACCUUUCUGGAAACCCGAGAAGAGUCUAUUCGUCACGUGCUGAGAAAGCACUAGAUCCUUUCAAACAUGUACCUUAUUUGCCCUGAUUGAUUUGGGCAUAGAACAUAAAAGUUGAGAGGUUAUAUUGCAACUUUACAAAUGCUGGUACAUAAUACUUGGAGUAAUGUGUGCAGUGUAGUUCUGGUCACUGAAGAGGGUGCAGAGAAGGACAUUAAUGGGGAGAUUUUGGAUAGGCUGAACUUGUUUUCCAUAAAGCAACGGGGACUGAGGUGUGAUGUGAUAGAAGUAUAGUUAUGCGAGGUAUACAGGGUGGUCAAAUCUUUUCUCCCCAGGUUGGGGUAUCAAUUUCAAGCUGUGAGGAAAAAGGGUGUGUAAAGAAUUUUUUAAGGGGUUGAUAUCUUGAAUAUUGUAAUUAAUUUCAUUUCAGAAGCAUUUAGACAUAUUUGUAUGUGUCAGGCAUAGAAGGAAAUGGACCUAAUGUU